AAAAAAUACCGCGAGGCCAUCGGCAAGUACCACCGCGCGCUGCUGGAAAUGAAGGGUCUAUGUCGCGUGCUGGGGGAUCCGGACACCAGCAAGUCCCCGUCUGCCGUCCUGACCAGCAUCAGCAAGUCCAGCUUGACGGACGAGCAGAAAGGCGCGGUGGAGAACGCGGAGCUAGAGUGCUACAACAGCCUGGCAGCAUGUCUGUUGCAGAUGGAGCUAGUGAAUUACGAACGAGUGAAAGAGUACUGUCUGAAGGUUUUGAGAAAGGAG